AUGGAGAAACCACAAGAUGAUCAUGUUCUACUUGUCACUAAACAGAAACAAGACGGCUUGUCUGAUUCCGGGAAACGGAUCAGUGACACUGAACAUGAUGGUGACGAUGAUCAUCAUCAAGUUCAAGUGGAUGGUUUGAUGUCAGAUGAAGAAGAAGAAGGCCAAGAAACUACCUACGGAAACUCUGAAGUUAUCCGGCAAUUGUUUGAGAAGUUAGCACAAGAACAACUACACUCAGAAAUUGGCGAUGCUGAUGCUGGUGUUGACGAUGAUGGGGGUGUGAGUGAAUUGGAUAAUCACACAGACAACAAUGGAGGGAAGAAGGUGCAUGACGCUUCAGCCUUGACUACCCUUUUGACAGGAGAAAUAUUAACAAUUGAUGUGGAACAAAACAAUGUUGAUAACAACCGUUUGAGUGAAGAAGAAAAAAUGAAAUUGGAGAAGUUGCAACAAAUCAGGAUCAAGUUCUUGAGACUAGUUCUUAGGCUUGGUGUGACUGCACAUGAGUCAAUUGCAGCCCAAGUGCUUAGCAGGUUGGCUCUUAUUGCUGGAAGUGAGAAAACUAGUGAAAUUUUCAGUCUUGCUGCUGCAAAGGAAACUGCUUUCAAGCUUGAAGCAGUAGGUGAAAGUUUGAACUUUUCUUUGAAUAUAUUGGUUCUUGGAAAAUCAGGUGUAGGCAAGAGUGCUACUAUAAAUUCAAUUUUUGGUAAAGUGAAAACCAAAACUAAUGCGUAUGGUUCUGCAACAACGGCGGUUAAAGAGAUUGUUGGAACGGUUGAUGGUGUUAGCAUAAGGGUUUUUGACACUCCUGGUUUGAAAUCUUCUGGAAUGGAACAGUGUUAUAACAAGAAAGUUUUAUCAAGGAUUCUAAGAUUAACCAAAAGAAAACGAAUUGAUAUGGUUCUCUAUGUCGACCGUCUCGAUACACAAACCAAGAGUCUCAAUGAUUUACCAUUGUUGAAAUCAAUUUGUGAUGCAUUUGGUCCAUUGAUAUGGAGGGAUACUGUUAUCACAUUGACUCAUGCUGCUACUGCACCUCCAGAAGGACCAUUAUGUGCACCGUUGAGUUAUAAUGUGUUUGUGACUCAGAGAAGUCGUGCGAUUCAACAAGCUGUGGGACAAGCUAUUCGCGAUGAGCGUAUUAUGAAUCCGAGUGUGAUGAAUCCAGUUGCUCUUGUUGAGAAUCACCCAUCUUGUAGAAGGAAUAGAGAUGGACACAAAGUGCUUCCUAAUGGUCAAACUUGGAGGCCUCUUUUGUUGCUUUUGUGUUACUCAAUGAAGAUUCUAUCAGAAGCAGCUAGCCUUUCCAAAACUCAAGAAUUGUUUGAUUACAAAAAGGUGUUUGGUCAUCGUUUUCGAACUCCAUCGCUUCCAUACCUGUUGUCUUGGUUGAUGCAGCAGCGUAUCCAUCCAAAACUCGCGUCUGAUCAAGAUGGUAUUGAUACUGGCAAUUCUGAAAUUGAGUUUGCAGAGUUGUCUGAUUCUGAUCGAGAUGAAGAUGAAUAUGACAACCUUUUGCCAUUUCGGCCUCUUACGAAAUCUCAGGUUGCUAAACUCAGUAGAGAACAAAAAAGAGCAUACUUCGAAGAGUAUGAUUACCGCGUCAAACUUCUCCAGAAGAAGCAAUGGAAAGAGGAAUUGAGAAGGAUGAGAGAGAUAAAGAUGAACAAAGGUAAAACCGAUUUAAUCAACGAAGGCUACAUGGAAGAAAGUGGUUAUCCGGAAAAUGAAAGCCCGGAUGUAGUAUCGACUCCCUUGCCUGAUAUGACUGUGCCACUAUCCUUUGAUGGUGAUAAUCCGGCCUUCAGAUAUCGUUCCUUGGAACCUACAUCCCAGUUUCUUACACGACCGAUGUUGGAUAUGAAUAGUUGGGAUCAUGAUUAUGGUUAUGAUGGACUAACCAUUGAAAACAGUCUAGCACUUGCCAAUAAAUUUCCAGCAUCUUUUGGUGUUCAGGUUUCAAAGGAUAAGGAAGACUUUAGUAUCCAAUUAGAUUCCUCAAUUGCUGCAAAACAUGGAGAGAAUGGUUCAAGCAUGGGUGGCUUUGACAUACAAAGCAUUGGAAAACAACUAGCCUAUAUCCUUAGGGGAGAGACAAAAUUCAAGAAUUUCAAAAGGAAUGAGACUUGUGCAGGCGUGUCUGCGACAUUUUUCGGUGAAAAUGUAUCAACCGGAUUAAAAGUUGAGGAUCAGAUAGCGCUUGGAAGAUGCUUCUUAUUAAUGGGAAGCACAGGCGUUAUGAGGUGUCAAGGAAAUUCUGCUUAUGGAACCAAUGUAGAAGUGCGGUAUAGAGAUGCGGAUUUUCCAAUAGGCCAGGAUCAGUCUUCAUUAGGCCUUUCUCUGGUGAAGUGGAGAGGGGAAUUGGCUUUAGGUGCUAACCUUCAAUCGCAAUUUUCUAUCAGACGAAGUUAUAAGAUGGCCGUUCGUGCUGGACUGAACAACAAAAGUAUCGGACAAAUUUCUGUGAAAACCAGUAGCUCAGAACAACUUCAAUUUGCUCUUGUUGCUGUUCUUCCAAUUGUGAGAGCUAUCUAUGCAAAAUUGUGGCCAAAGGCUUGUGAAAACCAUUCCAUCUUUUAA